AUGCAUGGGGAUCCCGGAUCAGGCCGUAAAGGUUCGGCAACAUUGGCAAAUGUUGUCUCCGGCUCUUCAGGUUCUGCUUCAACAGGCAGUACAGUACUUGGCCUUUCACCCGAGCAGUGCAGUCAGCUCUUUGAACAGUUAAAACCUCCAUUUCUAAGUUUUGCUGACAUCUUUCAUACUAUUCGUUUACAUGACAAUGUUUUGUUUGUUCCUCAUUUUUCUUUUAAUGAGGCCGUGUCUCAUACUACUGACCCCACUAGUUUCUCUCAAGCUGUCAAGCAUUCACAUUUGCAUGAUGCUAUGCUUGUUGAACUCCAAGCUCUUGAGGCUAAUCAUACCAGGAGUCUCACCUCUCUUCCUUUUGGUACUGACAUUCAGUCUUCAUCCGAUCUUAGAACUUUUCUUGCAAAUCAUUUUAAGAUUAAGGAUCUUGGUGUCUUGAAGGAACCUGUUGAGCUUCCCUCAGUGGACAUGUUUGUGACAACUGCGGACCCUGUGCUAGAACCUCCUAUCAUCACUGUAAAUAAAAUGCUCUCUUUGUUGGCAGUAGAUUACCCAGCUCACAAGCUUACUUGCUAUGUCUCGGAUGAUGGCUGUUCUCCUCUUACCUACUAUUCCCUUGUCGAGGCCUCAAAGUUUGCCCAACUUUGGGUACCAUUUUGUAAAAGGUAUGAUAUUCAAGUUAGAGCUCCUUUUAGAUACUUUUCUAAUGAUCAGGUUAUAACGCUCAGUAAUAGCACAAAGGAGUUCCAACAUGAAAGGAAAAGGAUGAAGGACGAGUAUGAGCAUCUUUGCCACAAAAUUGAGGUUGCGGUCCAAAACUCUGUGCCAACUUGUGAUUUUACCGGGGAUUUUGCAGAAUUCUCUAGUGUAGAAUGCAACAACCAUCCAACUAUUAUCAAGGUAAUUAACUGACUUUCCAUUCGACUUGGACAUAUACUUAUUUAUAUUAAGAGCAGUGCAGCACGGGUUCGGUCCCCAUCGAGAAGAACAAAAGAAAA